CUGGUGGAGACCAUUCAAGUCUCUGAUCGCGGAGGAGUGCAGACGGCGCAGCCUGGGCAAGACCGCCACCGCCGCUCGCUGGUCCCGCGCGGCCAGGCCACCGAGGCCCUCACGCUGGACACUGCGGGCUGCAACGGCAUGCCGUGGCCAAGACGCGCGCGAGUGCAGUGGGCGUGUAUGUGUGCGUGCGCGAGUGAUAGUUCGUGAGUGCGUUGCACCGGCGGCAGUUCAAGUUACCGAGCAGCACGCUGGCGUGCAAGUUGUGCUUGGCCGUUUGUGAUCACUCGUGCGUGCGUGCGUGUGUGUGUGAGUGAUUGAGAAUACGUGUGUGUGUGUGUGUGCGUGCGUGUUCCUCUGCGCCCCUUUUUGGAUACUUGUGGCGCGCGGACGGCGAUGCCCUGACAUGUGUCGCCUCGACGUGGUGGUGCUGGUGCUGGCGCUGGCGGCCAUCAGUCUGCUCUCCUCCCACGCCCAGUCCACGGGAUACUCGAGGGGCCCCAGGAUCCCGACGCCCUACCUAUCGUUGGCGUCGCCGACGGCUAGCCCACCCCAGGACGCCGACCUCGGAGCGCCGUCCGGUCCGGCUCUCAAGACAAGGCGGGCCUUCUUCCCCGAGGCCGAGGACGACCUCGACAACCACCAGCACCAUGAGGGUCACGACCAGCACCCGGGCAUGGGCGACGGCGACGCCCUCGACCGGCCCCGCGACGCGAGGAGGCUGCCCGGCGGAGGGCCGGGCGGGCCGUCCGACCAGGAGGCGCUGCUCCUGGGCCUGCUCGCCCACAAGCAGGGCAACAACUCUGCGCCGGAGAACCCGCGGGGCGUGCAGGGCAGCCUCAUGGACAUGUUGAGCAAGAUGAUCCCGCAGACCUGCUGGUACAACUCUGAGCAGUUUGACUGCGGCCUCAGCUUGUCGUGCGUCCUGGAGGGCGGCCGGCCCCUGGACCUGUGCUCGGGGGGCCUCAUCUGGUCGUGCUGCGUCGCGCCCAGCAAGGUGGAGACGGCCGACCCCAACGUCGGCGCCCUGGAAAACGCGAGUUGCGGCGAGCUCUACAUGAGGAGUAACCGGAUCGUCGGCGGGCACAGCUCCAAUUUCGGGUCUCAUCCCUGGCAGGCCGCCAUCAUCAAGUCGGGCUUUCUGUCCAAGAAGCUGUCGUGCGGCGGCGCUCUGCUCAACGACAGAUGGGUCGUCACGGCGGCGCACUGCGUUGCUACGACCACCAACAGCAACCUGCGCGUGCGCCUGGGCGAGUGGGACGUGCGGGACACGGCGGAGCGCCUGCACCACGAGGAGUACGCCGUCGAGCGCAAGGAGGUGCACCCGCAGUACAGCCCGACCGACUUCCGCAACGACCUGGCGCUCGUCAAGCUGGACAAGCCCGUCGCCUUCAAGCAGCACAUCCUGCCCGUGUGCCUGCCCGACCCCUCCACCAAGCUGGUGGGCAAGACGGCCACGGUGGCGGGCUGGGGCCGCACCCGCCACGGUGUGUCCACCGUCCCCACGGUGCUGCAGGAGGUGGACGUGGAGGUGAUCGCCAACGACCGCUGCCAGAGGUGGUUCCGGGCCGCCGGCCGGAGGGAGACCAUCCACGACGUGUUCCUGUGCGCCGGCUUCAAGGAGGGAGGCCGCGACUCAUGUCAGGGUGACUCUGGCGGACCGCUGACGAUGACAAUCGAAGGUAGAAAAGCCCUAGUCGGCCUCGUGUCUUGGGGCAUCGGCUGCGGAAGGGAACACCUCCCGGGUGUGUACACCAACAUACAGAAGUUCGUCCCCUGGAUCAACAAAGUGAUGGUUUGAGCUGAGCUCAAACGCAGGUGUGAAGUCUUACCAAAGAGCUUUUAUGUUAUUCGGGCAUCCGUUCGACGCCAAAACCUCCACGAUACCCGGCACAGUCAUGGAAACCAUUGACUAAAUGAAGUGUAUUUCUAUGAGAGAAAAGAAAAACAGGGAUCUCUCAGCAGUCAAUGAGACGGUUCCAUGUGGGACGUAGGAGCACCUCAGGGAUGAUUCGGCGGUGAAUGAGUUUGAUUUUGCAAUAGCAAAUGUUUCAAAUCAGGCUCUAACCCAUGGAUUUACAACGAUCAAAGGGCUUAAACACCUAAGCCCAAUACAAGUCUAGUGCCUCAGGUAGUCGUCUCCAGUGGCAUCAGAUGGAGAAUGAGCUCCUUGAUCUACUUUUGAAGAUGCAGAAAUAUUUUAUUUGUUUGAUUGGAGAAUCAUUACAGAAUUUAAUAUUUCAUCAAAAUGUUACCACUAAGAGUUCUUUACCACAUCACACCAAACAGCUCAAGCUGUAAAACAUGUUAAAUCUACAACAGUGCCAACUGUCAUAACAUUUCUAUACGUUUGUAAAUUCUGACUGAGGCGAUAGUAAUACCUUAUUUUUUACUUCUAAUUUAAUACUUUUCCGGUGUGUCUGAGAUUGCGCUUCAUCCUGAAGACUGUUACGUUAAGGGAAAGUGUGUCUGUAAAUAUAUUUAUAUGAUGGGCUUGACUGUGACUUAGGAAUCAAUUGUGGUGAUACUGUGUUUCCAUAUGUGAUAAUCAUAUGCUGCAAUGGCCUGUUACCUCAGGAAUACCUUGUCAUAAUAAGUCUGUUUAGAAAGAUUAUCAUAACUGCAGUAUCAUGUGCGCUGACUGAGAUUGUACCACAUUGGUAUCUUUGCGCAAAAUGAAUGUAAGAAAUCUGUUUUAAGAACUAACAGUUGAGAAUUAUUCACCACUUUGUGCUAUUUAUUUAUUUUUAUUGAGAUAAGAAACAUAGCUUAAUGAAGUUUAGAAUUCAAUACCUAGCGAUUAAAUAUUGCAUUUCAGGAAACAAAUCAACCAGCCUUGUUCUCCAAAAAAGAUGGAAAUAGUCAAUUUGUGGAGGACUGCCUUUUUUAAAAUUUUGUACUUGUAGAAGAUGAGUUAUCAUUUCUUUCUAGAAAGUACAUUAGUGUAAAUAUGGAUAAAGCGGACUAAUGGUAAAAUAUAAAAAUUUGCAAGCCAUAAAAUUUUAUUGUCCUUGAACCCUUGCUCCCAAAGACAAGGCUCACAACUCUUUAUCCAGGUCUGCUCUGGCACAUUAAAAAUACAUUUCUAAAAUAAAUAACAGGAAUAAAAAUGCUGAACAAUAUGGCAGUUGUAACCAAAAAACAUGAUAAAAUUGAGUCAAGCAACAAUAAACAAAACAAAAUUGAAAAAAUAUAA